CUCAAUUUUCAGGGGGGCAAAAAUUGGUGUGAUUGGUCAUGUUCUUAAGGAUGGAGUUUUGACUUUGUAUAUAGAAAAGAAAUGUAGCGAAUCGAAGUCAUUGAUAAAGAAUAUCAGAGAUAAUUUCAAUGGCAAGAUGGAGGAGAUUUUGAUUGACAAAACAUUCGCUACAAGCUAUUCAAAAAUUACGUCCGGUGAAGAAAUCAUAUCUCCAAAAGGUAGUGGAACUCUAGGGAUGUUUGGUCAAUUGAAUGGUUUUCCAGUGGCAGUAACGGGUGGACACGUAAUAGAAGAAGGCCAGCUCGCGCAGUUUCAUAUUCAUGGCGAAUGCGUGAACUUUGGAGCAUGCAUUUGGCCUUUAGUAGCAGAAUGCCAAACGCAUAUUCCAGAUAUUGCUGUCAUAGAAAUAGAUAAAAAUAUAAUGAAUAAAAUUUCCUAUCGAAUUGGAAAUAAUGUUACAAUUCAUACAAGAAAGCUUUUAGAAUUGAAAAAUCGGAAAGUUUUCAAAUAUGGUGCUACAACUAAUUUAACGCAUGGCUAUGUAGAGGAUAUUGACAGCAUGUCUUUAUUUGAAUCGACUGAUGUAGCCCUGGUAGCACAUGAAGAUGACGAUAAAAACUUUGCGAAAGAGGGAGAUAGCGGUGCUAUUGUGCUUACAAAAUUCAACGACCAACAUUUUGCAAUUGGUGUUGUGUACGGUGGGGGUUUAAAUCCACGGAAUAGCCCCAAAACAGUAUCGCCAAAAACAUCUGUUAUUGUAAGCCUUAAUCAUGCAAUUCAACGUUUUAAGGAAGGAUACGAAAAUUGUCAAGUUCUAAGCCUAGACUCCUUGUAAUCUGCAGUUAAUUUUUGAGAUGAAAUAUUGUGAGCCACUCCUAUUUUUUCUUAACUUUUCCGGAGAGGGAAACUAUGAAGUAAACGAGCAAUAAUCUACUGCAAUAGUCAUUUUAAAGCAUCUGUAAACAGAUCCUGUCGCUCUGUCACAAGUAUCGUAUGCCAUAAUUCGGUAAACCGACAAAGUCGUAGACAACAAGGGCACCGCAAAGCGGAGCAUCCCCUUGCAAAAGAGCAUAUUUAUAAAUAAUGGCGGCAUUCGACAUUGAUCCCAAUGCAAAUUUCGUCACUUCGAUGUUGUCAGUCCGUCCUCAGUUAUGUUUAAGUUGUUAAAUUCUGCACUGAACACAGUCUCAAAAAUUCCAAAACAAUACAAAUAUCUGAAGAGGGAACAGAACACGGAUCCAUGGGAAAUCAAAGGUGGGAUCAGGUGUCCAAGAAGAGCAUCCUGUUGACAGUUAAAGGA